AGCAACAACAGCAUCACUCGCCUCUCCGCUUGUCAAGUGCCAUGUGAAAAAUGUGUGCUCAGCUUGCCCUCUUCCUGUUUAUGCUGGCUUCUGCACUCCCUGCUUCUUUGGCAUUCAACAUUGACACCACGAAUCCUGACGUCUACAAUGGCGAGCAAAGCGAUUUCUUUGGAUACAAAGUGCUUCAGUUUGUGUCUGGUUCCGAGAAAGGGAUCCUUGUCACUGCACCGCUGCAGAAUAACGGGUCAGGGGGAGUUUGCAAACCAGAUACCAGCAAUCGAACCACAAAGUGCUUCCACCCGAAAGAACUGUCCCUCAAAGACCAAAGUGUACAAGUCAAGCACUUUGGACUGUCCAUUGCUGAAGACGCCACACAAUCCCAAUUCACCGUUUGCAGCCCUUAUAUAGCUCAUGAAUGUUACGACAACUCCUACCUGAACGGUGUGUGCUACAAGGUGACACAGGAUCUUCAGGAGGUCUCCUAUAUCAAACCGAUUUUCCAAGAAUGCAGGAAGAAGACGGUAGAACUGGUCUUUCUUUUUGAUGGAUCCGGAAGUAUGACUGAGGAUGAGUUUACAAAAAAUAAAGAUUUUAUUAAGGACAUAAUGGACAACCUCAAAAACACAUCAAUCAAGUUUGCAGCCGUUCAGUUCGCCACAUCUUACAGGACCGUCUUUGAUUUCAUGGACUAUAACAAAGGCAGCGCUAGGCAAAAACUUGAAGAGGAGCGGCACAUGGAGAGCCUUACCAAUACCCACCAAGCCCUGGAAUUUGUUUUGAAAAACCUCUUUGAGAACAAACAUGCAGGCGCCUCUUCCGAUGCCAGUAAAGUUCUGGUCCUGAUCACAGACGGAGAUCCCAGUGACAGUGAUGAUAAGAGGAUUAUAAACACUUACAAUGAAACAGGCAUCAUUCGGUUUGUCAUUGGGGUGAAAAACGUUGCCCUGGAUAAACUCAAGAUUAUUGCCUCAGACCCCAAGGACAAAUUCGCCUUUAAGAUUGAGCAGUAUGAUGGACUCACAGGAUUGCUGGAAAACUUUCAAAAACACAUCUUCAGCAUGGAAGGAGACACCAGAGUUGCUCGGGCGGAAGACAUGACUGAUGAGAUGUCUCAGAGUGGAUUUAGUGCUGCUUUCUACAAGGACACAUUGAUUCUCGGUUCCGUGGGAUCAAACAGCUGGCGUGGUGCUUUAUAUGAGCGCCAUGAUUUAACAGAGACACGGAUUACAGAUUCACACAUGCAGAUGGACUCUUACAUGGGAUACUCUGUUUCUGUGGGCCAGAUAAACAAUGCUCCUCUAUAUUUCACUGGCGCUCCAAGGUUUCAGCACACAGGACAAGUACUACUCUUUAGACGCGACGGGAGCAGCUGGAAUGCAAGCCAAAGAAUAAAUGGCGAUCAGAUUGGUUCCUACUUUGGGGCUGAGCUGUGCACAAUAGAUGUGGACUCAGAUGGUGACAGUGAUUUCCUCCUUGUGGGAGCACCGUUGUUUUACCAUCCUCAGAAAAGGUCAGAGGGACAGAUCUACGUCUACACACUGACUGAUGAGGUGCUGCUCAGAAGGGAGAUGAAUGUGACAGCAGCACCGUCCAUGGGGAGGUUUGGCACCAGCAUUGCUAGUCUUGCAGAUCUCAACGGCGAUGGACUCAGAGACGUUGCGGUCGGGGCCCCUCUCGAAGACGCUAACGCGGGGGCAGUGUACAUCUUUCUUGGUGACAGACAAAGAGGGAUACGCAGUGUUUUUAGUCAGAGACUCAGGGGACAGAAAAUAAAGCCUGGGAUCAGAUUCUUUGGACAGGCCAUCAAUGGAAAUAUUGACCUUGGAGAAGAUGAUCUCCCCGACCUCGUGAUUGGAUCAUACGGGGCCGCCAUUGUGCUCAGGUCCAGGCCAGUAAUGAACGUGAGAGCUCGUCUGUCCUUUCAACCUAAGGAGAUCAGCGUUGACCACAUCGACUGCUCUGUCAACACAGAUGUUAUUUUACCGAUGGUUAGCUUAACUGUCUGCUUUGCCAUGGCGGAAACAACAACAAGUAAAGCAGAAGCAAUGAAGUUUGGACUGAACAUUUCAUACACGCUAAAUGUGGAUCCAAUGAGACAAUCAUAUCGAGGUUUCUUCAGGGACAGAAAAACCAGAAGUCUUUCCUUCACAUAUGAACUGAUAAAUGAGGAGACAUGCUUCCAGUACUUCAUCAACAUGACAAAAUGUGUGAAAGACACGCUGUCACCCAUCAGCAUCAAGUUAAACUUCUCCCAGGUGGACAGUCAGAGCACCGGCGCGGUCCUUAACGUCGAUGGCAAAACGCAAGCUGUUGUUGAGGUUCCGUUUGAAAAGCAUUGUCGGAAAAACGACACCUGCAUUGCCGAAAUUGAGGUGGAUUUCAAACUAUUGACGCCAACUUUGCUGGUUGCUGAAGAAAAGUACUUCAACAUGUCCGUCACAAUAUCUAAUCAUGGCGACGACUCGUACAACACCAGCCUUACGCUCUAUUAUCCUCCAGGCCUCUCCUUCUCCAGGAUGGUUCCGAUUAUUACAGAGACUACAAGACAGACGCGCCACAAUUGUGAUGAUCUAGAGGGAGUAACUGACAAAACUAUAUGUGGUGUCAGCCUUCCUGUGUACCGCAGCAGAUCAGCAGCAACAUUUCAAACUUCUUUCCACAUAAGCACAGAGUAUGCUUGGAAUGAGACGAUUGCGAUUGGUGUCACCGGUGAAAGUGAUAACAACAACAACAACACCGUGGCUGCGGUAACCAAACACCUUCCAGUACAAUUUGAAAUUAAAAUGGCAAUCACAGUGAAAGAGGAGACCACCAUGUAUUUGAAAUUUACAGAAGAGGACACAACCCCUAAAAGAAUGAUUAUUCAAUAUAAGGUGGAUAAUCCUGGCUGGAAGGCGUUUCCUGUCAAUGUGACCCUGAGCUUUCCAACAAAACUCCAUUAUGACUUUGAAAUAGAGAAUUAUCAAGUGCUGGUACAACAGAACCAAACUCGAUGCAAAAGCAUUGCUGGAAUGAUUUCAGAAUCUUGCUUACCAGAACAAGAGUGCAAGACCGUACAGUGUGACUCUUUCCUGCUGAACAAAGAAUCUUCCACUGAGUUCAUGUUGUCCGCGGACAUUCAAUUCAGGGACCUUCAACAGCGUGCCCAGAAUAAUGCUUUUCUGAAAAGAUACACUGGAGAGAAUGCAGAGGUCAGGUUUAAGAGUGCGAUAAAUGUCCAUUUCAACGAACAACGAUACGUGUUGGAUUCUCAUAAACAACAGAAUACAGGAAUGACAAAGGAGGAGACUCCCUUGUGGAAAGACAACAAUCCCACAAAUAAAUGGGUCGAAGUUCGAGUUGAGUUCAUCAUUUCUCCUGAUCAAUACCUGAUAAUUUUCACUGGAACCGGACUGGGACUUUUGCUCUUAAUUAUAGCAACAAUCAUCAUGUAUAAGCUGGGCUGCUUCAAGAGGAAAACAGUGCAAUAUUACCAAGAGCAGGAAGAGGUAGCGGCUCUUCAACAGGAAGGAACCCCCUCGCAGAACAACGGCUUCGGCAGCCAGACUGAAGACGGCCCCCCUGCUGAGAUAAAAACUCUUCUAGAUGGCGACCAGUCAGCUGACACACAAACAGAAGUAGAUUAAGUUCGACAAUGACUGGACGACGUGACAAGAUUGUUAUUGCAACAAUCAAUUGUUGUCAGGCAUUGGUGUGGAUCUUUUGGUUCAUGUUUUGGACAACUUUAUCAUUGUGGCAUAUAUUGUUCCUUUUUUUUUUUUUUACAAAGCAACGUCCAUAAAACCUUGCUUGGACUUCCAUCAAACAUUGGAGGAACAACAACAGAGAACAUUAUUGUUCUUCUAGAAUGGACGACAUUUCCCAGACACUCCCGUUCUUAGAGAAAGUUUUUUUAGCUGUUCAACGGCGAUGCAAACACGCAAGUAGAGUAGAUCCCUCCCUAUUUGCUCUUUUACUAUUCUCUGUUUUUAACUGUAAAUCAUUCACAGAUAUUUGUUAGGUUUUUUUGGCGCUUGUGCGUUAUUUGCUGUUCUUUACCCAUAGCGGAGAUUUACUGUAACUCUAAACCAGACCUAGGCAAUUAAGGCCCGGGGGCCCAUUAAGCUUUUCAAUCUGGCCCGCCGGACAUUCCCCCCCAAAUUUUUUUAGAUCUUUAAGAUGGAAACUGUAGCUGCCCUUAUGAUUUUUUCAAAUGGCCGUAAGUCUUGAACUAUACAAAGUAUUUCAAUGGUUGGAAUCUGCACUUUUGCAUUUUAUACAAUUAGUAAUUGUAUAACAUUAACUAAUUACCGUAUUUUCCAAACUAUAAGGUGCACUUAAAAACCUCCAAUUUUCUCAAAAGCUGACAGUGCGCCUUAUAAUCCGGUGCGCCUUAUAUAUGGACCAAUAUUGAGCCACAACAGGUCUCGCAACUACGGGAUGCAUAACGUAACCCCAGCCUCUAAUAUAGCUAUUCUAUGCGCCUUAUAAUGCGGUGCGCCUUAUAUAUGAACAAAGUUUUAAAAUAGGCCAUUCAUUGAAGGUGCGCCUUAUAAUCCGGUGCGCCUUAUAGUGCGGAAAAUACGGUAGUUACUAUGGUAAUCUAAGUCACAGCAGCUCAGAUGAAGCACAGAGCAGUGUGGGUGGGGAGCGUUUCCACAGAGUAUUUCCAGAGCGAGCCUGAAAAUGCGGGUGUCAGGGACAGACACGGAAGGACAUUUUUACAACAAAGUUCUAAAGCUUAGUGAUAUAUCAGAUGUAUCAGAUUGUAGGUGGGUUUAUUUUUUUACCCUUCGCGUUCAUAUUUCGCUGUGUUUGUUGCAUUUUUGUUGCGUUUAACUUGAUUGUAAAUUAUGUCAAUCGAGAGAGGGUGUGACGUUCAUAUGUUGUCAAUAUUCAGUGUUUUAUCGUUCAUAGUUAAUAUUGUAAAUCCCACUUUCUUUAUUUUCAUGUACAUUCUGGGUCUCAUUCAGUAAAAAAAUUUCAAAUUCCAUUCUGUUUUUAAGGUCUGUCAUAACGUUUUUAGCAUUCAAUCAGACAUAAUUGUGAGAUGUUGUAUUAGUGUUCCUAAAAAUAGAUACACAUUUUUUUCUCCAAAUUUGGCCCCGAGUCCAAAUAAAUGAUAAAUAAAUAAAUAAAUAAAUAAAUAAAUAAAUAAAUAUAAAUAUAAAUAAUUGCCCAGGCCUGCUCUAAACGGUUAAAAUGUCAAAUCGAUUUCCCCGAAUGAAACUAAUUUUAUUAACCUAUUCUGACCUCUCCCAAAACACAGUGAUUUCUUUGUUACAAGUUUGUGACUAAGAAAAAUGUACACAGUCGUCCCUCGCCACAUCGCGUUUCAAAUAAUUACAGAUUUUCUUUCAAACAAUAUUUUACAUAUUUUGGGCCUAAAUGAAGUCUUAUUUAUCUCCUAUGAGUUUUACAGUGCAGUAUUUGUCGUAUUUUAUAUUAUGUUGUGGCGAUGGAUAAAAGAUAGUCGCCAAAUGGAACUUCCGUUGCCGGGUUAACAGUAAGUUCUGGGGUCAUGUUAUCUUUCAUGUUAAACUGUUUAUGCACUUCAUUUUGGACCCCUGCCUCGUCAAUAACACAUGCCCGCAUUAGAAAGCGAUGUGGAAUAAUGCGGGGGGAAAAACGUGGCAGGACAUGCAAUUAUGAUGACACAGCUAAAGUCCACACCUGUCUUUGUUGCCACCAAGUUUUUGCACAACAACAUCUGUCUGUGGUUUUAACACAUGGAAGCUCAGUUCCAACUUCGAGAAAUGAGUCACGAUGUGAUGAAGUAUUUCCGCGUCGUGGUUGUGUUGUAGUUGCCAUGAUGAAAGCCUCGACGAAGGCCAUAGCAUUGACGCUUGAAGGAUCCUCCGGCUUCCAGCGAGUAGAACACACUGAAUAUUGAGUGAAACAAGUGUAAAUGUGACUAUAGCAGUGUUAUUUCAUGUUUGGAAAAGUCUGUUUAAAAAAAUAUUUCUAGAAGUUGGUAUACAGUUUUUUAAUGCUUUAACUAUUAAAAAUAUUUGAUUUAUUAA